AUGGGUGACUAUUUCGACAUUUUGAGAGAAUUUGAGACAAAGAAAAGAACAUUUUCUACGAAAAUUAAAGACAAGAUAACUUUUCGGAUUUCAGCCACUUUGAGAGAACUCUCCGAUAAGUUCGAAGGCGGAACGCUCAAGGAUCGAAUUGGAAAUCUUCGUUACGGGAGCAACCUUGAGCUUCGUGGAUCUGACAAGCUGAGAGUUGAUCCUCUGAUCAUCAGCGGCUGGUUCGAUGGACCUCUUAAUUAUCUGCUUAGACAUGUGAAGGAACUGUUUAGAGAGCCGAAAAUGUCUGGCGUAUCCACAGUUUUGCUUGUGGGUGGAUUCGGGGAAAGUAUGUAUGUGCAAGAAAGAUUAAAGGCAGAAAUCAUAAACAAGCAGAUAAUUGUUCCUGCAGAAGCUGGUCUGGUUGUGUUGAAAGGUGCAGUUCGGUUUGGGCACGAAUCGGAUAUAGUAUCCUCGAGGGUCAUGCAGUUUACAUAUGGUUUUGGUGGCCGCAUGCCUUUUGACAAAAACAUCCAUCCAGAAUCCAACCUUGUCAUUCGGGACGGCAAGAGGAGAUGCAAAGAUGCGUUUAUUAUCGUUGCUCGAGCAGGAGAUGAAAUUGAUUUUGGCGAGGAAAAGACGGUCGGAAGGGAUCCUGGAAGUAAUUUGGAGUCCACAACGUUCCCGAUAUUUCGAUGCCUGUCUCCUAAUCCAAUCAUUACAACGGAGAGAGGCUGUAGGCGAAUCGGGCACCUGAGAGUUUACCAUCCUGAGGGAGAUACAAAGCGUGACAAAAAGAUGAACGUUACUUUUAUGUUCGGUGAUACAGAACUGUUGGUGAAAGUUACGAUCCGAAAGACCGGAAAAACAUUCGAACUUGCGAUUGAUUGUCUGGAAUGA